AUGCAGUGGCUCGUCUUCCUCCUCUUCGUCACCCUCACCACAGCCCUAUCCCUCCGCCUCCGCGACAACGACGGCGUCAAGUUCUGCCCUCCAUCCUGCGCCGACAAGUUCAACGCCUGCAAGCUCGUCCCUGCGGCGUGUGCCGACGAGGCGUGCGGCGUGCUCAACACUAGCAACCAGACCAUCUGGCGGCCGUCGCCGUGUCGCUCGUGCAAUUUCUGCCAGGGGCGGGUUGGCGACGCUGCCGAUAACGAUGUCUCCGCGGACGACGCUGCCGUAAACGCCGCGGCCAAGGCUGCCCGUCAAGUCGAGCAGGAAGCCGUGCGGUGUGCUGAGCACUGCAAGACCGUGCCGCCGCGGCAGUGUAGGAAGAUUGCGGAGUGUCGAGGUUGCCAGUGGUGCCCGUUCCCCGGCUGGACUGGUCCCUAG